GGUGAAUGUCAAUGUCCAGUACCUCCACCAUCGCCGACACCUACAAUUCACGUGGAAGAAACCACAAAAGAAGAAUAUAGAUUACUGUUCUGUGUGAUACGGCCCAGUCAAAUUGACAAAUAUUCGCGAUCUAUUUUUCCUUUGAUUUUCCUGAUAUUCAAUGUAAUAUACUGGGUCUACUACUACAGUAUCAGCGGUACGGAGCUUACGGAUAACUAA